AUGUCUGGGAUGUACGCUAGCAACAGUGCUCUCCAUGGCCAGCUCGCUGUUACUACGACAAUAUCUAUCCUAUUCCUAGCUGACCUGAUAGGCAACACCUUUGUUAUACUGAUCAUUUUGACCAAUAAAUCCAUGAAAUCACCAAUGAACUACCUUCUCGUCAACCUUGCUGUAUCUGACAUCAUGGUUGGGACAUUCUUCUCUCUGCAAUAUAUCUUCGGGGAUAAAUUCAAUCUUCCUGAUCUACUGGCAGGGACAAUGAUGUGUAAGUUGUUCACAGGAGGGAACUUUGCAUGGGUUGGUGCUGUUGGCUCUUCAGUGUCUCUUGUCGCUGCCUGUUUCGAGAGAUACUUUGCGGUCGUGCAUCCCUUCUCUAUGAAGCUCAAACUUACCUUCGAAAAAGUCAAGAAAAUAGUCAUGUUUACUUGGAUCUUUGCAUUGGUCAUGAAUAUUCCUUCCUUCAUCACAACAGACUAUGACCUCGAGCUUGGCAGGUGCGAGGAAAUAUGGCCAGCUGAGCAUACGUGGCUUGCAAAAGCUUACAGCACUGUGUGGACUCUUUUAGAAGGGAUUACUCCCACCACCAUUAUGUUUGUUCUGUACACCAGAGUCAUCUACGAUCUUUGGUUCAAGCAAAACCAAGUACAAGGUGCACAACGCGCGAUUUUGAAGUCAAGGAAAAGAGUAACCAAGAUGUUGGUUAUUAUCAGUGUCAUCUAUGCAGUCUGCUGGCUACCUGAUUGCAUUAUGUAUACUCUUCACCAUUAUGGCAUACACUACAGUUAUGUAAAUUCCCUUUGUACUAUGCUUCUGAUCAUGUUUAACUCAGCCAUCAACCCAUUUAUUUACAGUUUGCAAAGUGAGAAAUUUCGACGCCAUUUGAAGGCCCUUGUCUCUUGUAAAAAGCUUCGCCAAAAUCAAAUACGAGGGACAGAUUUCUCAGCCUCACGAACCAGAGCUGCAGCUUUGUCGGAAAACACAAAGCUAUAA